GAUGGAGGCUGAAGGAGGUGAUCUGUGUUCGGGAUUGGAUGACAACAUAAGCGCUCUUCUUGAAUGGAGGAAUGGACGAAAGUGGGAACGCACACGCACGCGCGCGCGCGCACGCAGGCACGCACACGCACAGGCAGACAGCGUGUUAACCUUUUACUCCAUUUGCGUCACACCAAGCGAGCAUUCGGACAGACAUGAAGGCAUGCUGCAUGAACAUCCACGACAUUCUUUCAUAACAACAUAGAAAUCAUUUUUGCUGACAAAUCACAUCCUCCGCAGUCACGAUGCGACUCAUUGCGUGACACUGUGGCGUGUGUGCGUGUGAUUGAUUUUUUUUUAAAGCGAUGGAGCAGCAGACAUCCAAGAAGAGGAACAUGGACGUUUGCCUGCGCAGACUCAAGCAGGAGCUGGUGUCCAUGAAAGAAGCAGGAGAUGGCCUCCACGCUCAGAUGAAUUCAAUGAUGGGAGCCCUCCAGGAACUCAAGCUCCUUCAGGUCCAGACCGCCCUUGACAACCUCAACCUAUCAGCUCGACCAGUCGUAAGAGGAUGGACACAUCACCAAGACACCCCGGCUUCUGACACAACGUCCACAAGUGCUUCAGACAGGAAUCACAGGUUGUCUGACGAUCCCAGCCCGAGUCCGGAGACUUCCAUGGAGUUCGGGGCCACAUUUAUCAGAGAUGGACCUAGCGUGUCACAAAGUAGAUACAGCAGUGAAGAGACUUUGUCUUCUGGAUCCAGUCUGGAGAUGGAGAGACGCGAGGGAGUAGUGACACAAAGCAAAGACCUAGAGGCGUUACCAAGGAGGUGGUCAGGCUACAUGGCGCCACAGGUGGACUUCUAUGGGCCAAUAGUGGGGAACCCUCCACCAGACCCCUAUAUCCAGCCGCAGGCUCCCCAGCGUUCACAGGUGGUGGAUCUGCCGGGCAUCCUUCACAGCCUCUCCAGAGAAGGUCCAUCAUUAGACAACGAUUACUCACAGGACAGCAUGGACGAUGCCAGCGACUGGACUUCCUCACUCAUGAGCCGCAGCCGCAACCGCCAACCCUUAGUGCUUGGGGAUAACGUCUUCGCCGACCUCGUAGGCAACUGGCUGGACUUGCCCGAGGUGGAGACAGAUGAGAGGGAGGAAGAGGAGACAAGGAAGAAGAGGGAGGUGAGGAUGGCAGAUGGAAGCACCGACGGACCGGACACCCCGGCUCACCCGCUCCACCUCAGCCGCUCUCAAGAGAUCUGCAGGAAGUUCUCGCUCACCACAAACAUCUUCAAGAAGUUCCUCCGCAGCGUUCGACCGGACAGGGACAAGCUCCUCAAGGAGAGGCCCGGCUGGAUGGUGCCUGAGCUUCCAGAGGGUGACCUCUUCAAACGGCCCAAAAAGAUGGCUCCCAAAAGCGUCCAAAAAGGCAGCUUCUACUUACCGUUCUGGGCUAACGGACAGCAGGGUAAAGGCCGACCGGGUCAGAUUGAAACAGUAACAAAUCAAACCCACUUCCACCAGGUCCAUGAGAAACCAUUUGCAGGGAUUUAUUUAGAUCGGAGACAGCCAGAGACUAGUUUGAGAAAAGUGCAGCCAUUGUUUGACUACAACACAGCUGUGUGGGUGUGACAACCUGGGAUAGUGGCAGCCUGGGCCAGGGCUGGGUGGCCAGAUGAAGAACUGCUGUCCGAAAAUUCACUUCACAGCCAUAACGUGUAGUCCCUGCAGAUGAUCAGGGCAACGUUUUUGUCUGACAAUCCUAAAACCACAAACCUCUUUUACCAGUGAGUGUUAAAGACAUUUUAGAUGAUACACACUGCAGAUUUUGUACCACCCAAAUUUUCUUGAUGUACAUCUAUGACUGGUAUAUUUCAGAUGGUACUUUAAAGACUUGCACCCUUAACAAACAGUCCUGGGUUGAACGGACUUGUUUUAUAAAUGCUGUCACUGUACGCUCCUGCAACGAACAAUGGUUCUCGACCAGAUAGAAACUGUUUAGACAAGGGCAUACAUUCAAAAGCUAAACCUAAGGGUGAUUGGAUGAGGGUUGUAUCUACCGCAUCCACUACCAUCCAAUCAGAUCAACAAGUUAAAGUGCACGAGGUGCUAGCUUGACAAGUAGCUUUGAUACUAUCCCUUCCGAGUAAUCAUAUCAGGAGAUUGUUUGCGAGGUAAAAGAGGGGAGUUUACUUUUCCAUGUCAUGCUGUGAUACAGAAAACUGGGAAAUCUGACACUUCUGACCGACUGUGAAAAGAGCUUAGGAACACCACUCGAGGUCAAAGUUGCUACAAGGAAACUUGCAAAUCGAGAUGUAGAAAUCGACAACUGUGGCCAAAAAUGGCAAUUAAAAGUUUAUAUUAACCAUAUUUAAUGAUUUAUAACAGAUAUCACCAUUUACUAUCAACACCUGUUGUGCAAGGAAAUUGGCACUAUAUCCACUCCAUAUCUGCCAAAACAAAGAUUACUGUGGGUCUAUGGUGGCUUUCAAGAUGUUAGAUAACACCAUUAUCGACAUCAUCAGCCAUGUUUUUGUUUACUUUUGCCUGGAGUACGUUGCGGAUUGGACCCCCUAAGGUCUAUGUUUUCAUGAUGUGUGGAAUCCAGUAUAAAUACAAUAUAAGAUAUAUUAAAAUUCUUCAGACUGCAAAACUAUAAAAAUACUACAGUUACAUGUAGCAAUCUAGCUUCACGGGAUGUCAACAAAAAUCUUACCAAACGCUAGACUGGCCAGAUUAACAAUGGUUAAUGUUGAAUGUGGUGUCCAGUUCUGAUAAAACUGCUGCUUUGACCAAAAUGCUAAUUGCUAAUAUCUUUGGAGGCUGCCUCCUAGCUUGCUUUUGGCCCAGCAGGUCAUGACAGCAACAGAGUGCAUGACUAGAUCACUUCAAACAGAAGCUGCACGUCAAAUUUGUUGUGUAUGCGUGUGUGUGGGUUUUUUUUUUUUGUUAGCCUGCUGUCGUGUUACAUAUUCUUAAUGUCUGUGCUGUGUGGCGCACACAGAA